AUGUCACCUCCUCAUUUCUCAGGCAUCUUCCUCGACAUUGACGAUGAUACGAUUGAAAAUACCUUGCAGGAGCCCGAGGAUGACUUCGACUCCCUUGUUACCCCAUCGAAACUCGCAAUUCUCGCAACUAACCCGGCUGAAGCGGUCAAACUCUGCAAAAAGUUUAUCAAAAUAUACGUGACGGCGCGGAAACGCAAGCAGGCAAGUCUUGGGCCAGAGGAGUACAAGACGACGCAGAGCGUGACAAGCGCUACGACGGUAAUUGGGUACUGGCGAGACCUAGUUGCUGAGUUUAACGACACCCUGCUUGCCAGGAAACGGAAGGAAGAGCCCCAUAACAGGUCGCAAUGGUCUUUAAGUGUCCGUGACGGCUUGCAUGUGGAUGUCAAAUUUGGACCUAUUUACGAGGUGACAAGUUGGAUCAAGGCCAAAGCCGAGGAACUGAAUCUUACGCGUGAGCAGACUUUUGUCAAAAAGGAGGCAACAGCAGAAGACAUCGUUGUUGUGAUCAAGACGGUUUGGCUGCGGGCUGCUGACAUCCCCUGCAAUCCUGUCACGCGGGUCGCCUUCCACUCUAUGGUCCUCGCUGGCGGCAUCGUUGGCUCACGCCCAGGCAUGCUUGUGAAUCUUAAAUACAAGCGAGUCGCUCUGCAUUUAGUACUUGAUCCGUGUACUGGUGAACGGCGGCCCGUUGUCACCUUCACACUGAAACAAAACAAGCAGCAAAAAAACGUUGUGAGGAGAGACCAAGCAGACGUUAUGGAUAUACCUAUCACGAUGCAGAGGGGUCCGCUCUGUAUAGUUACCCUUGUGAUUGCCCGUGCUAUCGCAGAUAAUGCCUUCGACCCGCCUGUGGAUUCUCUACAGACGCUACUGUCCCGGCCCAAGUUCGACAACCAGAAACGCCUCAAAAUCAAGUGGAGACACGAUAUACUGGAGCAGCCUAUAUGGCCUAUCAGUUACAACACCUAUUGGAGGAUUUGGACCCAGACAAUAUUUGUCGCCGGGAAAGGCGUGCUCACGUCCGCACUUCGCAACUACAUUAUAUCUCAGGGCACAUCCAUAUUCGAGAGAAGUUAUCAGCCGAGGCAGAUCCGAGAAAACCUCAUGCCGAUUUUUGACCAGAACGCCGAGGCCGACACCGAGCUGUACAACUUGCUUCGCAAUUCAUCUCUAGACCGUGAUGCGCAGGCUCCAAUUUAUGUAACGCAGAGCGACAUCGACGAAUGGGAGCGUACACGCGACGACCUUCGCAUUUGUCGGGAGCAGGGCGAUAAGGUGCGCCGAGGUACCAUCAUCAGAAAAUUAUCAGCCCUCCUUGUUGAGGACAGGCGACAAAGGUUUUUCGAGGACGCGAAUGAGCUGAGGACAUCGGGUGUGUCAGCGAUGGAUCUAAUGAAGCCACAAGAGAACCCUUCACGCCGCAAAGCCUGGUACGGAGACACGACACCGCUUGCCAACGCAGUUGCAUCGCUGGUGGUCCGAAAUGAGCCUUUAUCUCCCAACGACAUCGCGUUGUACGUCGAGAAACUGGUUGCGUACCAAGCAGUCACCAUAACUCGCCAGGCCUCGCCUCCCAGGUCGGAUUCCGCAGGCACGGAGUUCGGCCACCCUGUGCGGAAGUCCCCGGAAAUCCCCUCUGCACAUCUCGGUCACCUCUGGACGGCGCGAUGCCUCCUGUGCCAGAAUGCCAAGCCGUCCAAAGAUCUGUCAGCACUGCGCGAACACUAUGAAAAGGUGCACAGAGAGGUGUGGGAUGAGCCAUUCUCCUGUCCUAGUUGCGAUGAAAUCUGUACUAUUGAUGGCUGGAACGACUGGGUGGCUCAUAUUGAGUGUUACCAUGGAUUGGAGAAUGCACCCAAACGAAGACCGAUGGUGGCCAUCAAGUGUCUACUCUGUCCGGAGAGCAGCUUCCAAUCGAAACAGGGACUGUCAAUACACACGUCGCGUUGCCACCACUCGGACUUCCAGACACCGCUGCUAUGCCCAGAAUGCCGUCGCCAGGGAGAUGAGCCUCCUGCGAUUAAUAACUUGUCCGAAUGGUGUAGCCAUGUGGCGCUGUCCCACGGCGGACCCGACCAUGCUCCGACGCCACCAACAACAUUGUUCAAGUGCCUCUUUUGUGAGCAUGAAAUUUCAAACGAGGGAAAUCACUACCUGAGACAACACUCUGAUGUGUUCGACGCACCAUUCUCCUGCCCGGCUUGCUCUCGGCAAGGGGAGGCUCAUGUGCCCCUCAUAGUCGAUCGCAAGGAUUGGCAGCUUCAUUGCAUUGCCGUACAUGGCAAGACGGAGGUCGUUUUUGGACAACAGGCACACGAAUUGGCUCGGUGCCUUGCUUGUGACAAAUUUUUCUCCAAAGUGGCUGACCACUUCACUAAAAGCCAUUUGCACUCACUGCCGUUUCCGUGCCCAGAAUGCGAGAAGCUUGGGACACCAGGGGAGCCUAUUCAGGAUCGAGACGGUUGGGUCCUGCACUGCGCAGUUGCUCAUUCCGACAUCUCGGCGGCAAUCGCAUCACGGACGGCGAGUUCUCACAGCAAGCGGAAGCGCAAGAGGGAAGACGAUUCGGCGUGGGAAAGAAGAGUGAAGGGGGAGCAGGCCCACCAUGCCGCCGGGGAGAGAGGGGAUGAUGAGGAUAGUCCCCGUCCAUCCCGGAUCGGCGGGACCCUCGGACACGGGGUCAGCAUGCUAGAGCCGCCGAAGACAGUAGAUCAUGGGUCGGGACAAGGCAACGAGACCGAGGUCAAUCCUUGGGACCUAACUGAUGUGGGCAAUUAA